UUGUGCGCCUCGCGCGCAGCGCAAAGCCGCGCCCAGCAGCAGCAUUAGCAGCAAACCCUCGCCGCCCCUCCGGGUCUCUGCUUUUCCCCCUUUUUGCUGCGGAACUGCUGAGGAGCUGAGCGCACCCUGGCUGCAUGCAGCAGCGGUGGCGGCGGCACCACCUCCUCCUCCAUCCUUCCCCCUCCAGGGGAUGGGGCGGGAGUGAUGGAUGAAGGCGUAAGCUGGCCGAGCACCGCUGCCCGCCCCGGUCUGGACGCGCCCUCCACCUUCUUUCCUGCAGGGCUUCCUCCUCCUGGGGCUAAGGAAUCACCUGACCGGCCGGAAGACCGGCCGGGGGCCCCCCAAUUAAAGUGCAUCCGCGGCGCAGACGGGAGGAGGUGGUGGUGGAGGAGGAGGUGGCGCCGCCGGCGGCGGUGCCGAUUGCAUCCCCUACGCCGGCAGCUGGAGUCGGGGCCGGGCGGCCGCCUGCAAAAUGGGCAGCAGGAUUACUUUCUUCGAGGUUGAAAUCCUUGAUUGGAAGACAAAGCAACAAUUAUGCUUUUUGGAAAAGGUUGAGCCAAAUGCUACAAUAAGUGAUAUCAGGCUAAUGUUCCAUAAAUUAUAUCCUCAGUGGUAUCCUUCAAGGCAGUCUAUAAGGCUUGAUCCCAAAGGAAAAUCACUGAGGGAUGAAGAAGCCCUUCAGCUGCUCCCUGUUGGCACAACCGCUACGCUCUAUUUUAAAGAUCUAGGGCCCCAAAUAGGAUGGACAAUGGUAUUCUUGAUAGAAUAUACGGGCCCAUUGUUCAUCUAUUUUGCGUUUUAUUUCCGUAUGCCUUUUAUCUAUGGCCUGGAUGACAGGUUUCCCUCGAGCCGGCACCCCGUAGUUAACCUGGCAUGUAUCUGCCAUUCUUUCCACUACAUCAAAAGGUUGAUUGAAACAAUAUUUGUUCAUCGGUUCUCCCAUGGGACUAUGCCACUGAGGAAUAUUGUUAAGAAUUGUUUCUAUUACUGGGGAUUUGCUGCCUGGCUUGCUUAUUAUAUCAACCAUCCUCUUUACACACCGCCCUCUUAUGGACAAAAGCAGGUCAAUCUCGCUUUGAUCAUGUUCCUGACAUGUGAAGCUGGAAACUUUUCUAUCCAUGUUGCACUUAGUAAUUUGAGAAGAGAUGGUAAAAGAUCCAAGACCAGUAAGAUCCCUUAUCCGACGAAGAAUCCUUUCACAUGGCUGUUUUAUUUUGUGUCCUGCCCUAACUAUACUUAUGAGCUGGGGACAUGGAUUGGUUUUACUAUCAUGACUCAAUGCGUUCCAGUGGGACUCUUCACCUUUCUUUGUUUCAUUCAGAUGUCAGUCUGGGCAAAAGAUAAACACUCCACCUAUAUACGAGAGUUUAAGGAUUAUCCUAGUCUUAGAAUGUCUAUCAUUCCUUUCUUACUGUAAGAACAGGGUUGUUGGGUUUUUUAAAAUUAAAUUAUCAGAAACAAAGUGGAUGAGACUGCAUAGACAGAACCACAGGCAAAGAAAAUAAGUUACGGUAUAAAGAUAAUUUAGGCAAGGUUUACCAGGAGCAUGCAGAAAUUACUAUUUAGUGUGGAAUUCCAUGGGCUCUACAUAGUGGGGUUGGAGAGCUGGGGGGGGGGGAUUUCCACAUCUGGCAACCAAUGCGCCCCUUUGGUUUCAGAUAGUACAUGGGUAGUACAGCUACUCUUCAGGUAAGACCAGUCACUCUAUUUACUACGGUGAACAAUAAAGUCGCUGGAUUGGGAUGUACCACAGCUAUCCCCAACUGCAGUUGAGCUGAUCAAAGUACCUGAUGAAGAACUGUGCGACCAAAUGCUGCAUCAGCUGACGAUAAUUGGUUCAGCUUGUAAUGCCUGGCGAAGGUACUUGAGGAAGACCAAGUAGCUGCCUUACAAAUAUCAAGCAGCGGAGCAUUAGCGGCGAAGGCCGCUGAAGUGGAUGCUGAUCUGGUUGAAUGAGAAAAUAGAUGUGUUGGCUGGGGCAGCUUGAGGGAUUCAUAAGCUAUGGAAAUGUAAGCCCGUAUCCAUCUGGCAAGGGUGGAACAUGAAACCCUCCUCCACAGAGAUGAAGGGUGGAAGGGCACAAACGAGUCCACUGUUCUCAUUUCUUUUGUUCAGUGAAUGUACAGCUUUAGUGCCCGAUGAAUGCCUAAGGAAUGCCAGGCCUUUCCCCUAGAGUGCUUUGGAUUAGGACAGAAAGUUGGAAGAAUCGAUUCCUGUCGGACAUGGAAUCUCGAAAGUACUUUCGGCAUGAAGGUACAACCUGUGCGCAGCACUACUUAUGGAAGAUGCAGAGAUGUUUCACCUACCUCCCACAAUUCUUAGCUCCUUGGUAGCGUGGUGAGGGAAUUACCCAAUCUUGUGGCUUCAUCGUCCACCAUAGUAAAUACAUUACUUCUGGUAAAUGAG